AUGCCUUGGCUAAUGUGGUAUUUGUUGUUCCAUGGAUUCACUGGGAAACUGGAGAUAUUGCUUAUUCGUCUUGUUUUGCGUGGUGUCGCUCGGGUGUUAUGUGUGACGAGCCGGAACCUUGGAGCUUCUCCCAUGUUGCUCAUACUGGCUCAACUCAUGGGUAUCUAUCUCUCUUCAAUCCUCCUUCAACUACGCACCUCGUUCCCUCCACCACCCUCGAGGCCUGAUACGGAGCCGGACAAUGGAACUAUCAACCUCUUCUCGACAUUGCCGAGUAUCAGGUGUUCGGGUCGCUGUUUGAUGGGUCAUUCCUUCUGGCUGCCGCAGAGAGUGUAG